UUUAGUACCAAUCAAUACAUGAUGUUUGAAUAAAAACUUAAGGUGCAAAUUAAACAACAAUAGAGAAUUGACUAUCAAUCACUACUUAUCUUGGGACUGUGGAUUAGGUUUCUAAAAUAUGUCCAGUCUUAAAAAUCACUAUGACUUGAUGUCCCUAAUUAAACUAAGGUGUCCAAAAAGAUUAAACUAACUACAAUAAUGCAAUAAGAACU